AAGACACAAAUCUCGUCCCGCUGACCAGUCCGCGAAUUGUCACCGCGACACGCACACGCUUACUCGUCGCUUCGAGUGAAAACUUUAGAAAUCGUGAAAAUGUUUAAACUAGUUUGUGUUUCAAUCGUAACGGUGUGCCUUCAGCUUACGAGCGGGGGAGUUAUGAAGCCUGAAGACUUAAUCAAAUACCCGGGGCCUAUAAAGGAUAGGCUCGGAGUCCCGGACGAGUGCAAGGACCAGAAUUUUUGCACAAUAAAGCCGCCGGACUACCCUCAAGAACAGUUUGACAAGAUGUUCAAGGGAACAAAGCUAGGAAAGCUUCCGAACCUGGUGUUGAACGUCAGCGUAGUAGAGUUCCCCAACAGACAGGGCGGGCCUGGCGAUGAGGACGAUUGCAGAACCACUGUCACGUACGAACCGUUAUACAAGGUCCGCACUAAACGCGGGGACUGGCGAACCGUCGUCCAGGCCGAGCAAGAAAACUACGUGCAGAAAGUGCGUUUGGAGACAUGCCUAAAACCUCAAAGCAAAUGCUUCACCAGCUUCGGUGAAAUCCCAGGCAUCGAGACCUACUGUCGCCAAAACUACAACGACUGGGAGUUAGUCGUGUCAGACGGGAAAGGGGGUACAGAAACCGUCACAACCAGCCUUCCAGUCUGCUGCUCUUGCCACUACAAGUCCGUGGACGUCGCCUCCAGGUUUGGGAAACCGAAAGAACAGAAAACACUGAUAGAAGGGACAAAAUCUUAAUUUCUGUGGUUUUAUUUUGACAUUGUUUAAUGUCAUUCGACCAUUUAACACGACUUGUUAGGGGAACCUCACAUAUGCUUACAUACAAUGAGGCAUGGCCAAUAGGUCAUUACAAAACAUAUGACUCGUCAUAAUACCAUGGCUUUAAUACUGUUUUUUUUUUCGUGUUAGAUGCGUAACGUUAUUUGUUAAUAACGUUAAAUAUUGAAAUAUUUUUGUGAGUCUACUAGUUGUUAUAAGUUGCUAUCUAACAUAGGAUUCAUCGUAUAAUACCUACGUUUGCCAUACACUAAAAUUCUAAUUUAAAGCUACAUGUGAUUGAAGUUUUUUUUUAAGUUUUCGCGUAUUUAUUUAAUACCUAAGUAUGUCAUAGUUUACUUUAGGGCACUGUUAUCAUGUUACCUACAUGUUAUCACAAACAAUUGACAUAAUAGAAGUGCAAAAUAUUGACUAAGUAUUGCCAUGAGAGUUGGUUCUAUAUGCACGAC